AGGAGAAAGUACUGAUGGGCGCGGAUGGGGACGCUCUGGCAGCUCCCACACUCUCAGGUGACAAUUGGCCGUACUAUCCCGCUGCCCAGCCCCAGUAUUCCCUUCCCCAACUAAAUCUUAUUCUCUCAUACCUCCAUGGAAACUACACGCGCUCUUCCAUUGCAACUAACUACUAUUCUGAUCAACCAGUCAAAACCCAUCUUCUUUCUAUUAAAUCUCUCUCUCUCUCUAAAAUUGAACCCCAGCUACUCCAGCUGUCUUCAAAUUUUCUUCUACAUUACACAUCAUAAGCAUUUCUUAUUGGGCAACUGUCAGUGUCUCUCCUCAAAGUCAUCUGCCUUCCAUUUCUGUCUCACUCUCUCUCUCUCUCUCUCUCUCCUACCCUUCUUGUCUUACCUGCAGGUCUCCGCGCUUUGCCUUGAAAUUAUACCUUCUCUUCUUCCCCUGCUUAAAUGGUUGUCUACCUUCUUUUCUUCCUUUUCCAGCAAAGAAUGAUCACUGCUUGAUUUUUAGUUCACUUGACUUGAACAUAGGCAGCUCAGCAUAUCAUACUAUUGCAAGAAUGGCUGCCCCGCCUAGUAGCCGCCUGCAGAGUAUGCUACAGGCAGCGGCGCAAUCUGUUCAAUGGACUUACAGUCUCUUUUGGCAAAUUUGUCCCCAGCAACGUAUCGACUUUGGUUCAGGAUCUUAGUAUGGGGAGAUGGGUAUUACAAUGGAGCUAUCAAGACUAGAAAGACAGUGCAACCAAUGGAGGUUGGUGCCGAGGAGGCCUCUUUGCAAAGAAGCCAGCAGCUUAGAGAUCUUUAUGAGUCAUUGUCUGCAGGAGAGACGAAACAGACGGCAAGGAGGCCUAGUGCAGCGUUGUCCCCGGAGGACUUAACGGAGUCUGAGUGGUUCUAUUUGAUGUGUGUGUCCUUCUCUUUUCCUCCUGGUACGGGUUUACCGGGGAAGGCAUAUGCACGGCUGCAGCACGUAUGGCUCACCGGUGCAAAUGAGAGUGAUAGCAAAACUUUUUCUCGGGCUAUUCUUGCCAAGAGUGCUCAUAUACAGACUGUAGUAUGCAUCCCUCUUCUUGAUGGUGUUGUUGAGCUCGGAACAACUGAGAAGGUUCAAGAGGACCUUGGAUUUGUCCAACGAGUGAAGAGCAUCUUCACUGACCACCACCACCCUAUUUCCCUACCACCAAAACCAGCUCUCUCCGAACACUCAACUUCCAACACCGACACAUCUUCAGACCAACGUCCCCACUUCCAGUCUCCCAUACCCUCCAUAUAUGGUGCCACAGAUCCUCCCACCAAUGAUAACCAAGACGAUGACGAUGACGAUGACGAGGAGGAAGAAGACGAUGAUGAAGAAGAGGAAGAAAGGUCUGACUCAGAAGGAGAAACAGGUCGAAACGCUCGUUCAGUCCCUACUCAGGCUGAAACAGUAACAGCAGAGCCAAGUGAACUGAUGCAAUUGGAGAUGUCGGAGGAUAUUCGGCUUGGCUCACCGGACGAUGGGUCUAAUAACAUGGAAUCAGAUUUCCAGUUGAUCAGCUCAGGGAAACUUACAGGGCAUCACCAGAGUCGAGCUGACUCGUUGAGAGCGGAGUCAGCUGGGAGGUGGGUGAUGGUGCAAGACCCUUUGUGUAGUAGUCUUGAGCCAGUAGCUGCAGCAGGUAAUAGACCAGUAGGGCCACAUGCACUCAAAGAGAUGGCGCAAGAAGACACUCACUACUCCCAAACAGUCUCCGGCAUCCUCCAGAACCAGCGCAUCCGUUGGGCCGAGUCAUCCUCCCUCCCUUACCUCUCAUACUCCAACCAAUCAGCCUUCACUAAGUGCACAAACCGCUGCUCCGAUCACCUUCUCCACUUGCCCAUCGAAGGCCCUUCCCAGUGGUUUCUCAAGUACAUUCUCUUCAGCGUACCCUACCUCCACCAUAAGUACCUCGAAGAAAAUUCACCCAAGCCACGUGAUGGCGACGACGCUAAUCGCUUCCGCAAAGGCGGUGCCGCUCUGGAUGAGCUCAGUGCCAACCACGUGCUCGCCGAGCGCCGACGUCGAGAGAAGCUCAACGAGAGGUUUAUGAUACUAAGGUCGCUAGUGCCGUUUGUCACCAAAAUGGACAAGGCCUCGAUAUUGGGGGACACCAUCGAUUACGUGAAGCAGCUCCGUCAAAAGAUUCAGGAGUUGGAAGCGCGUAACCGGCAGAUGGAGAUUGAGCAACGGUCAAGAUUGGUAGACCCACCGCAGAGAACAUCUAGCUUGAAAGAGCAAAGGAGCGCAGUCCCCGUGAUGGAUCGGGCUAGGAUUGUUCCGGGUUCCGGACCCACAUCAGAUAAGAAGAAGCUAAGGAUAGUGGACGGUAGCGGUGGGUGCACGAAGCCUAAGACGGUAGAGACAUCGCCGUUGGUGGAAGCGGAGACCAGUGUAGAGGUGUCGAUAAUAGAGUGCGAUGCAUUGCUAGAGAUACAAUGUGGGUACAGAGAAGGGCUGUUACUCGAUAUCAUGCAAAUGCUUCGGGAAAUUCGGAUAGAAAUCACAGCAGUUCAGUCUUCUUUGAAUAAUGGAGUGCUUAUGGCUGAACUAAGGGCUAAGGUAAAAGACAAUGUUGCUGGAAAGAAGGUAAGCAUUGUGGAGGUAAAGAGGGCAAUCCAUCAGAUAAUUCCCUAAUCCUCGUGACUGACUUUUCUGUAUUUGUAGUUGUAGAUUACCUAAGGCUUUUACCCUUUUUCUUCUCCUUUUUGUAAGUGAUGAUCAUCUCAGUUAGGUGUGUAUAAUUUUAGAAACAUAUUAUUGUAGGGUUGAGACCAGGAGGUCAUUCCUGAAAUGUAAUCGACAAGUCCUUUAAGUUUCAGCGUAGCAUGUAUUAUUUUUAGCACCAAGAAAUAAAAUAUUUUUAUUGUUCCA